UUUAUUUAUAACAAAAAAAACAUAAAUAAACGGUGUCAUGGAUCUCCCCUGAUACACGUUCUCCAUUUCCGUUGGAGAAAAGUGAAAGCAAACUCCGUUAUAGUUUCAGUUGAUUUGAAAGAGUGAAGCAGAGAAGAAAGAUGAGCGUGGCUGUGAAUAGUGUAGUUGGAAUUGGAACUCAGAAUCAGAAUCAUAACGUUUUUGUUUAUGGAAGCCUCCUCGCCGAUGAGGUUGUCCGCGCUCUCUUGAACCGCGUCCCUUCUUCCUCAUCCGCUACCCUCUCCGACUACCAUAGAUUCAAGAUCAAAGGUCGCGUUUAUCCUGCUAUUCUCCCUGUCCAGAGUAAAAAAGUCACUGGCAGAGUCCUUCUUGGAAUCUCAGGAGUGGAACUCCAUAUUUUAGAUGAGUUUGAAGAUGUUGAAUACACUAGAACUGAAGUUGAUGUUUUCUUUACGGAGAAUUCUGAAAACUUGAGAGCUUAUGCAUAUGUAUGGAGCAAUCCAAAUGAUCCUGAUUUAUAUGCUGAGUGGGAUUUUGAGGAAUGGAAAAAAGUUCACAUGAAUGAUUUCGUCAAGAUGACCGAAGAAUUCAAGCAACAGUUGGAAUUGCCAGAAUCAAAGCCAAGAGUUCAGACUUAUGAAACCUUCUAUAAGCAAGAGAACGAUAAGCCACUUGACCCUUGAUGCUUAUAGUUUGUAAAUUUCUGCAUUAUGUUUAUUGUGCAGUAUUGUAUGAUUUCACUAAGAAUCAUACUAUUUUUCUUAAUAAUUAUCAGUUUCUCUUUGAAUCAUACAUCUGAUGAUUUAAUAAGUAUAUUAAUGCUUGUUUACAAUGACAAGGUAGUGAUAUAUUUAUGAUCAAAUCCAGACUAUUCCUUUAGUGUUAAGAGUAAUAAUUCUUAUUAGUUAGUUAGAGUUUGUUGAUAGUUAAUUAGAGUUUGUCGUUAGUUAAUUGAUUAAUUCUCAAUAUAAUCUAUCUAUAGAGCACUUGUAUA